AUGUCCUCCCCACCGACCGGAGACGUCAGUCCGUCCAACAACAAUCUCCGCCCGCCCUCAACGCGCCCAACACCCUCCAAAACCAAAUCCUCGACCUCAACCUCGUCCUCGUCCCGCCGACAACGGAGCCGAAGACCCGCAAGCAGUAACGGCGGCGGCUUCUCUGCCCAAUUCCGGCUCAACAGGCAGCGGAGCGAGACCGAGCGCUUGCUGGCGACGCAGCACGACGAGGAGGACUUUGCCGACAGCGACGGCCUGUACCCGCCGCACUGCACGUGGACGAGCCUCGAGCAGGACCGGUUGGGCGGACGGCCCCCCGCGGAGGCGGACCCGUUUGGGAACGCGCAUUGCAAUGUCUAUGAGAAUAUUCAUCGCAUACGGCGAGAUAUCAUGACGAGUAUCGAUGACCCCUAUUCUCUCGACCAGCUCAAAGCUCCGCGGAUGAACAUUUCGGUCGUGCGGCCGUUGGUCGAUUCUCUCUACGAGACAAACGACUUAUCAAUCGUGUACUGCCUCCUGGUCAACCGCAUGCAAUUCAUCCGCGAACAAUCCUACGCCACACACCAUCAAACGGUGAACCUCACGCGCGCACUCCUGUGCGAGCUGGUCGCGGAGAAGAUCCUGCGUCGGUACAACGAACACAACCCCGGACCCAGGGGCCUGCUCAAAUUGGCAAAUAUCUUAGUUGCAGGCUUUGAGCCGUUCCAGGGUGCUCCCGACGAGGUGACCAAGCAGAACCAGCACGCGAUGCAUUACUGGGCUGCUCAGCACAGGUCCAAGUCCGGCAAGGUGGAGAGGAAGUUGACCGCGCUGGAAGUCGCAAUUGUCAGCGCCAGCAAGUCCUUCCUGGCGAGUAGCGCGUGUCAAAAGGUCGUCGACGCCAUCUACCGCGGCAAGGUCGUGUAUACGCCUAGCAGUUUUAUCGACAUCAUACCCGACCACUGGAAGAAGAGGCCCAUCUCGCUGUACGAUCCGCGACGAGCGCCACUGCUAAAUCAGUACAGAUUGAUCGUCCCGCGGACGAGGAACUUGAUCGAGGUGUGUCAGUUUAUCAUCUUACUGGGCUUGUACGUCGGGGUCAUGGCUGGGAGGGAGAACCGGAUGAACACCACCUACGAGGUUCUCGAGCUGGUGUUUGACGUUUACGGCGCUGGUUGGGUACUCGAUCAAUUCGCGUCUAUACUCGAACAUGGCUGGGGCGUGUAUACCCAGAACUUGUGGUCGUUCCUCGAUGUCAUGUUCUCGACAAUAUUCCUCAUCUACCUGGUCUUGCGAGUUUACGCUUUCUCGGUUACCGACGAGGAGCAGUCUACUAUUAUUUCCCGGACUGCCCUCGACAUCCUCAGUUGCGGUGCUCCGGUUCUAAUUCCUCGACUAGCAUUCAACGUCAUGUCGGAGAAUAUGCUAUUCCUCUCUUUGAGAGCGAUGAUGACUGACUUUUUGACACUGACUGCUCUGGCGGUGUGGUGCUUUGCGGGUUUCCUCUUGAGUCUCAAGUGGUUGCACGCUGGCGCUCACCAGGCUGUGACAAUUGGGGAAUGGAUGAUCUGGAUCUGGUUCGGUCUGGAUGGCACCGGCAUCGAUCAAUCUCCAGACUUCCAUUGGCUCCUCGGACCUGUCUUGAUGGUCUUGUUCGCUUUCCUGGGCAACACGCUAUUCCUCACGGUCCUCGUCUCAAUGUUGACGAACACGUUCAGCAACAUCGUCGGCAACGCUGUUCAAGAGAUUCAAUUUCGACGAGCAGUGCUGACUUUCGAAGGGGUCAAGUCGGACGCAAUAUUUGCGUAUAUGCCACCAUUUAACAUCCUUGCAUUGGUCGUCAUGCUCCCUUUGAAGUGGAUACUCUCAGACCGAAUGUUCCACAAGAUCAACGUCGCCGCUGUCAGGACUAUCAACCUACCCACGUUGAUGAUUGUUGCAUGGUACGAGAGGAGGACACUGUGGAUGUCGGACAGGCGGAAAAUCUCAAGCGGCAAGAAGAUCGACUGGAAGCAUCCUGGCGGACCCAAAGCCACGCCUGCGCAGUACUGGGCUCUCUCACGGUUUAGUGUACAUGGAGAUGUCCACGCAGUGUUCGACAUCGACCCGCCACAGUCGGUACUGGACAAAAUCGCUGAAGAAGAUGACCUGAGUCAUGACGACAGGAUGGGGAUUCUAUCCAACAACAAAUUGCAGGAUCAAUUCACGCACUUGUCGGAGGAAAGGAGAGCGAGCCAGACAGUUGAUCCUCCGAAGCGCAGGCCAUCUGUCAAUCCGCAUCCGCAGCCAACAACGAGCCAAAGAAGAGAGUCCCAAGCCGACCAGAAGCUGAAAAAACAGUUUCAUGACACGAGUGAUGAGGCAGGGGACGAAGAACAACAGCAUCCACCCGGACACCGAAAGGUCAACAGACGUCAAAGAAUGGAUUCCCUGGUUGACUUGAGUGGAGAUCACGAUGGUCGACUGCUGGAGGCGACCGCCAGACUGCACAAGAUAGAAGAUGCGUUGGAGAGAAUGGAGGCCAUGAUUGCUCAGUUACUGGGCGGAGAUGCCAGCAGCGAAAAUAGCGAGGGACGGGAAGAGCUCGAGACAGAGAUCAGGGACAACUCGAUCAAAUGA